CUAAGUGUCCAUCUUCACGUGUAAUGUGCUAGAGAACCAGCCGAUACAAAAUCUACCGUCGUUCGCCUCAUUCUAUGGCUUCGGAACUCCGGCGAGGUCGGCCUGACUCUGAUUGUCCAGAUUUAGCACGCACGGGAAUUUGAUUGCGGGCAAUACUCAACAUGACAACGACCGUACAUGAUAUCGCUGCAAAAGGAUUUGGGAAAGGCAAUGAACUGUACGAUCGUGCAAGGCCUUCCUACCAGCCUGAACCUCUUGCACACAUUCAAACAGUCGUAAGAGGAGACCCUCCGUACAAUGUCGUGGAAAUAGGCGCAGGAUCAGGCAUAUUCACCAGGGCUUUACUUUCUCAUUCAGACUGGAGCAAGAACAUCGAGACCCUCAAAGCAAUAGAACCAAGCCUCGGAAUGCGCGCUGUCUUUUCGCAAACCGUCACAGACGACCGCGUUUCUUUGCAAGAAGGUACCUUCGACACUACUGGCAUUCAAGACGGAUGGGCCGAUAUCAUCACUAUCGCGCAGGCUUUUCAUUGGUGUCCUGACUACGGUCGAGCAUCUAUCGAAUUUGCUCGAAUCUUGAAACCGAACGGAGUGGUCGCGUUCAUCUGGAAUUUGGAAGACAGGGAUGCCGCAGAGUGGGUUGCACAGCUACGUAACCGAAUCGAACAACAUGAGAACGGAAGCCCUCAGUUCCGGCUCGGUCUGUGGCGAAAGGCGUUCGACACCGCCUCCUACCAACGGCACUUUGAAGCUCCGGAAGAGAAAACCUGGAAAUACAGUCUUCCCACCACAGUCGAACUAGUCCUCGAUCGAGCCUGUUCGAAAAGUUAUAUUGCUGUCCUUUCCGAGGAAGAGAAGGCGAAGCUUAUUCAAGAUCUCCGAAACAUCCUUGAGGAAGGACGCGGCAAGAAAUGGAUGGACAAGGACAAGAUGUUAUUUGAAUAUCCUUAUAGCACCCUGGUCGUCAUCUCCCGUAAGAAAGGGGACAACCAAAAUCUUUAGCACAGGUCGGAUAUGUUAGAGAUUUCAGUGUAAUAUAUUGUUAUCAGUAUGAGCGCUAGUCAAUUACACCCAGACGCACCAGGACAGACCAGGACGCGUUUUCUCACCGGCG